AGCAGACACAGUGAGAGUCGAGCGUGGCUGCAGCCCCGCCUCGGGAAUCGCGUGGCCUCGGGGCUCGUGGGUUGCGGACCGAGCGACUGGGGAAGAACGCGCCUGCAUCCUCCGCCGCCUCCCCGUGGCUGUGCACGGUGGAAGGCGGGACCACUCGGAGCUGAGGCUUUCAGGACUCGGGUUCCCAGACUCAGGGGUGCAGGCGGUCAGACCCGAGCAUCCCGGCGGGUGGCUCCCGCGCUCCGGCUCUCCAGCUGUGCCGCGCUCCCCAUCACAAGUUUGCCCAGUCCUGAUCAAGUAGGACACAGACGCUGCUUGUGCCUUGGGCGGUUCUGGACAUGGCCUGGCUGGAGGCGUUGCCCUACGUCUGCGGAUGGCUGAUUCUCCACAGCUGUCUCCUGGUCCGAGCUCAGCUGGAUUCUGAUGGCAUCAUCACUAUAGAAGAGCAGAUUGUUCUUGUUAUGAAAGCUAAAGUGCAAUGUGAGCUCAACAUCACAUCUCAACUCCAAGAAGGAGAAGGCAAUUGCUUCCCAGAAUGGGAUGGACUCAUUUGUUGGCCUAGAGGAACAGUGGGAAAAAUGGCAGCUGUGCCAUGCCCUCCUUAUAUUUAUGACUUCAAUCAUAAAGGAGUUGCUUUCCGGCACUGUACCCCCAAUGGAACAUGGGAUUUUAUUCAUAACUCAAAUAAAACAUGGGCUAAUUAUUCAGACUGCUUUCUGCAGCCAGAUAUCAGCAUAGGAAAGCAAGAGUUUUUUGAAAGCCUCUACGUCCUGUACACUGUUGGCUACUCCAUCUCUUUUGGCUCCUUGGCUGUGGCCAUUCUCAUCAUUGGCUACUUCAGACGUCUGCACUGCACUAGGAACUAUAUCCACCUGCAUCUGUUUGUGUCCUUCAUGCUGAGAGCUGUGAGCAUCUUUGUCAAGGACAGAGUAGCCCAGGCUCACCUAGGAAUAGAGGCACUUCAGUCUCUGGUGAUGCAGGGUGACCUUCAGAACUUCAUUGGAGGACCGUCUGUGGACAAAUCUCAGUAUGUCGGGUGCAAGAUCGCUGUUGUGAUGUUUAUUUAUUUCUUGGCUACAAACUAUUAUUGGAUCCUGGUGGAAGGACUCUACCUGCAUAACUUAAUCUUUGUGUCUUUCUUUUCCGACACCAAAUACCUGUGGGGCUUCAUCUUGAUAGGCUGGGGAUUUCCAGCGGUGUUUGUUAUGGCUUGGGCGGUGGUACGAGCCACUCUGGCUGACACCAGGUGUUGGGAACUUAGUGCUGGAGACCGGUGGAUUUACCAGGCUCCAAUCUUAGCCGCUAUUGGGCUGAAUUUUAUUCUGUUCCUGAAUACAGUUAGAGUUCUCGCUACCAAAAUUUGGGAGACCAAUGCAGUUGGGCAUGACAUGAGAAAGCAGUACAGGAAACUGGCUAAGUCCACGCUGGUCCUGGUGCUGGUGUUCGGUGUGCACUACAUCGUGUUCGUCUGCCAGCCGCACGCCUUCUCGGGGCUCUGGUGGGAGGUCCGCAUGUACUGUGAGCUCUUCUUCAAUUCCUUCCAGGGUUUCUUCGUGUCUAUUGUCUACUGUUACUGCAACGGAGAGGUCCAGGCUGAGAUGAAGAAGAUGUGGACUCGGUGGAAUCUGUCCGUCGACUGGAAAAGAACGCCACCUUGUGGCGGCCACAGGUACGGCUCGGUGCUCACCACCGUCACUCACAGCACCAGCAGCCAGUCACAGAUGGGGCCAAGCACGCGCCUGGUGCUCCUCUCUGGCAAAGCCACCAAGAAUGCCAGCAGACAGAUCGACAGCCACGUGACUCUGCCUGGCUACGUCUGGAGUAAUUCUGAGCAGGACUGCCAGCCACACUCCAUCCCCGAGGAGACUAAAGAAGGUCAUGAGAGGCAGGGAGAUGAUAUUCCAGUGCGGGAGUCUUCCAGGCCAGUGGCAUUCACCUUAGAUACAGAAGGAUGCAAAGGACAAAUCGAGCAUAUCUGACUCACCAUUUGUGACUAUAGCGGAUUGACAGAUCUGGUAGUAGAGAUAACCUAAGUCGGAAGACUGGAAUUCUGGAAGAAGGCAUUGCUUAAACGUUUUCAGUUUCCACCAGCUGGCUACUAUAAAUAUUCAUGCGUAAAAGGGUAUUUAUUGGGGUAGUUUAUUAACUUAUGUUGGCAUUACUCCUUCCUAAAUUAAUAAUUUAUCUGUGGUUAUUAUUUUGCUUCUUUUGGAUAGAGAAGGUUUCGAACGCUUGGCUCUCUACCUUUCUCUCAUAAAUAUCACCCUGAAUAUGAUAAAGACCAUUUAGUUUACGUCGUUUUCCUUUAAAGCAAUCACUGAUUUUUUAUCUUUCUCAUUUUAAUGAACUUCCGUUAUGUGUUCACCUUGUCGAUGUGCUGGAGCAAUUGUAGAAUGUACAAUAGAAAACAAAUUCUUGGACACACUGGAAAAUCAAUGGACUGGACAUAAUAAAGUGAUGCAUUUCUGACAGUUAUGAUUGAUUCUAGGAGCAAAGAAAGCCACUCUGUUCUUCCUUUGAAUGUCCCCUGUGUGAAGAGCCCAAAUUUUCUCUUUUUUGUGAACCAUGACAAGUCAAAAGUUUGCUCAGUGACCUUGUGUUUGAAAGCUGAUUCUGUGUGGGCUCGUUUAUACUGAGGCUAACCCACAUCAC